AUGAAGCUGAGCAAUGAAAGUGUGGUCGUUGAGCUGAAGAACAGCACGGUGGUACAGGGAACUAUCACAGGUGUGGACAUGUCAAUGAACGUGCACAUGAAGAACAUCAAGUUCACCGUCAAGGGCAAGCCUCCUGUUUCCAUGGAUCACCUCACCAUCCGAGGAAACAAUGUGCGGUAUGUGAUCCUCCCUGAUAGCAUUCCGCUUGAUACCUUGCUGGUGGAUGAUGCCAAGCGUCUGCCGAAGGUGAAGUCAUUGGCAGGCCGCGGUCGUGGCAGGGGACGUGGCCGUGGCGCGAAGAAGAAGUGA